AUGCUGUCCACAGAGGCUCAUUCAAAGCUGGCAUCACAUAUAUCCAAUUUGCCUGAGCAUUUGCGGACGGGUUACAGUCAAUCAGAAGUCGAGGGUAAUGAACGGGUGAUUGAAGGUCAAAUUGACCAAGCUGGGAUAGUCGAGGACCUAGACCAUGCAUCCCGUGAUAUUGAACCUGUGGAUGUCGAAAUGGAGGAUUCAUACGAUCAGUUCAACAAGCAUAAUGAAAUGUAUCAGGGAAGAGGGUCGAAUGGUGGUGAAAAUGCGCCAGUUGAAUGCAGCGAUGACGAAUCAUUGGAUAUGCGUGAGGUUAUUGAUAUCUUCCACCCACAGGAUCUGGUUGAUGACGAUGACGAAGAUCAGUAUCGUGAAGAAGAGGGGGAGGAGGAAAAUGAAGAUCAAGGGUGGUUCCCCUUUUCAAGCAAGGUGGUGAGCAUUUGA